UGCGCUACUUUUGACCAGGACAGGAGCACUGGGCAGCAGAAGUUCUGCUCGCACCUCCACAAAGGCACCUCAGACGAGUGGAGUCUGGCCUCUUCCUCCACGGUCAUACACGUACACGCCGAGCGGGUGUUCUCUAACGCACGGACAGGAUUUAGAGUUCACCAUCUAGAGUGCAAGGCACGUAACUUCUAAUAGUAAGACUUAGAGGGAUAAGUGUAAAAGAUGACGACUGUUAUUGAGACGCAGGUGCAGUAUAACAACACCUACAUGAUGUCUACUACGGAAGACUACAUGAUUCAGGAGGAGGACUGGGACAGGGACCUUCUGCUGGACCCUGCCUGGGAGAAACAGCAGAGGAAGACGUUCACGGCGUGGUGUAACUCUCAUCUGCGUAAGGCGGGAACUCAGAUCGAGAACAUUGAGGAGGACUUCAGGAACGGCCUCAAACUCAUGCUGCUGCUCGAGGUCAUCUCAGGUGAGAGACUGCCCAAGCCUGACAAAGGAAAGAUGCGUUUCCACAAGAUCGCCAACGUCAACAAGGCUCUGGAUUUCAUCUCCAGCAAAGGAGUCAAACUGGUGUCCAUCGGUGCUGAAGAGAUUGUUGACGGCAAUGUGAAAAUGACUCUGGGAAUGAUCUGGACCAUCAUUCUCCGCUUCGCUAUCCAGGACAUCUCAGUGGAGGAGACGUCCGCUAAAGAGGGUCUGCUGCUGUGGUGUCAGAGGAAGACGGCUCCUUACAGGAACGUCAACGUACAGAACUUCCACAUCAGCUGGAAGGACGGCCUCGCUCUGUGUGCCCUCAUCCACAGACACAGACCAGACCUCAUCGACUACUCUAAACUCAGAAAGGACGACCCUAUUGGAAACCUGAACACUGCGUUUGAGGUGGCCGAGAAGUACCUGGACAUCCCCAAGAUGCUGGACGCUGAAGACAUCGUCAACACUCCUAAACCCGACGAGAAAGCCAUCAUGACCUACGUGUCCUGCUUUUACCACGCUUUCGCCGGUGCAGAGCAGGCCGAGACCGCGGCUAACAGGAUCUGUAAAGUUCUGGCUGUGAACCAGGAGAAUGAACGGCUGAUGGAGGAGUACGAGAAACUGGCCAGUGAGUUGCUGGAGUGGAUCCGUCGCACCAUCCCGUGGCUGGAGAACCGCGUGGCGGAGCAGACCAUGCGCGCCAUGCAGCAGAAGCUGGAGGAUUUCCGCGACUACAGGCGCGUUCACAAGCCUCCACGCGUUCAGGAGAAGUGCCAGCUGGAGAUCAACUUCAACACCCUGCAGACCAAGCUCCGCCUGAGCAACCGCCCGGCCUUCAUGCCCUCCGAGGGCAAGAUGGUGUCGGAUAUUGCGAACGCGUGGAAGGGUCUGGAGCAGGUAGAGAAGGGUUAUGAGGAGUGGCUCCUCACCGAGAUCCGUCGUCUGGAGAGACUCGACCAUCUGGCGGAGAAGUUCAAGCAGAAAUGCGGCCUGCAUGAGUCCUGGACAACAGGAAAGGAGCACCUGCUGUCUCAGAAGGACUACGAGACGGCCUCUCUGAUGGAGAUCAGGGCUCUGAUGAGGAAGCACGAGGCGUUUGAGAGCGACCUGGCCGCCCACCAGGACCGAGUGGAGCAGAUCGCAGCCAUCGCUCAAGAGCUGAAUGAGUUGGACUACCACGAUGCCGCUUCAGUGAACACGCGCUGCCAGGGCAUCUGUGACCAGUGGGACAACCUGGGCACCCUGACCCAGAAGAGAAGAGACGCUCUAGAGCGUGUAGAAAAACUGUGGGAGACGAUUGAUCAGCUGUACCUGGAGUUCGCCAAGAGGGCGGCGCCCUUCAACAACUGGAUGGACGGAGCCAUGGAGGAUCUGCAGGACAUGUUCAUCGUGCACAGCAUCGAGGAGAUCCAGAGUCUGAUCACGGCUCACGAUCAGUUCAAGGCCACCCUGCCGGAAGCCGACAAGGAGCGCAUCGCCAUCAUGGGCAUCCAGAACGAGAUCACCAAGAUCGCCCAGACCUACGGCAUCAAGCUGGUGGGAGUCAACCCCUACUCGGUCCUCAGCCCGCAGGACAUCACCAACAAAUGGGAGGCGGUGAAGCAGCUGGUGCCCCACAGGGACCAGAUGCUGCAGGAGGAGGUUGCCAGGCAACAGGCCAACGAGAGGCUGCGGCGCUCCUUCGCUGCUCAGGCCAACAUCAUCGGACCCUGGAUUCAGACCAAGAUGGAGGAGAUCGGUCACGUGUCGGUGGACAUCGCCGGGUCUCUGGAGGAACAGAUGAAUAAUCUGAAGCAGUACGAGCAGAACAUCAUCAACUACAAAUCCAACAUCGACAAACUGGAGGGAGAUCACCAGCUCAUUCAGGAGGCGCUCAUCUUCGACAACAAACACACCAACUACACCAUGGAGCACAUCCGUGUGGGCUGGGAGCAGCUGCUCACCACCAUCGCUCGCACCAUCAACGAGGUGGAGAACCAGAUCCUGACCCGCGACGCCAAGGGCAUCAGCCAGGAGCAGCUCAACGAGUUCAGAGCCUCCUUCAACCACUUCGACAGGAAGAGAAAUGGCAUGAUGGACCCCGACGAUUUCCGCGCAUGUCUGAUCUCCAUGGGUUACGAUCUGGGUGAGGUGGAGUUUGCCCGCAUCAUGACCCUGGUGGACCCCAACAACACGGGUGUGGUGACCUUCCAGGCCUUCAUCGACUUCAUGACACGCGAGACCGCUGAGACGGACACUGCUGAACAGGUCAUGGCCUCCUUCAAGAUCCUGGCCUCCGACAAGCCCUACAUCACCGUGGACGAGCUUCGUCGUGAACUCCCACCCGAGCAGGCCGAGUACUGCAUCAGCCGCAUGACCAAGUACGUCGGCCCCGAGGGAGCCCCUGGAGCCCUGGAUUACAUCUCCUUCUCCAGCGCCCUCUACGGAGAGAGCGAUUUAUAAAACGUCUUUCUUUUCCUCUUUCUUUCCUGUCAUCUUUCUCUCUCCUCUCGUUUUCUCCGAGCCCCCCCCCCCGAACGCAGCUUUCGAUCCACGAGGCCGUCCCUCGUUCCCCCACCUCUGUGUCUGCUAACGUUACGUUUUAAUCUCGCUGUCACUAAAACCCUCCUGUACGCAUCUGAGGUGAUGAGUCUAAAGCCAGCACGCCAUCAAACCGACCGUAUUUACGUUCUUAAUUCACGUUUUUGUGAAUGAUUCUUCAGUGCGGUUUGGGAUCUUUCAUUGCAAUACAACUUGCUCGGCCUCCAAGCCAAAUUUUCCCUCUCUGUGCCAAAUAAAACCGUACAACAUGAUAAAAGGUAUAUCAAAAAGUGUGUUUGUUGAUGCUAAAGAGUGCUAGCGAAGAUGCAUGCUGCAUUUAUUCAGCAGACAUUAAUAUGUAAGAGAGCCCCCCCUUUCUUCAUUAAGUCUGUACUUUAUUUUAAGACCCCAAAAAGCACUACUGCUGUCCAGUGUCUUCUUAAUACGAAACUGUGAGAACAACUGCAUAGUCUCUACACAGAACAUGGCGUCUCAGUAUGUCUCUACGUUUUCGUGUUUACCCCCGUAGGAUCGUUUUUGAUGUACAUCCCCACUUAUUUGGAGGGUUUGUGCUAAAAAUAUCCACGAAAGCCAGUAAAUGAACUUCAAGCUGUUAAGGCAGAGUCUAUGUGUUGUGCUGACCGGGAAAGGUUUCUGCUAGUCAAAGAGCUAAAUGAAAAGCGCCAGGUAAAGUAAUAGUUUACUCAAAAAAAAAAUAAAGCUCUGUCGUCGUUUACUCCCCCUCAUGUCACUGCAAACCUUUACGGUGUUCUGUAAGUCUAAAUCAGCUGACCAAGAAGUCUGCACGACGAAAAACAGGCCCGUUAACAAGAACGACAACUAUAUCAAGAGUCCACACCAACGGACAAUAACGGUCAGCUUAUUAAAAGCGCGCGUUUUAAAUGUUCGCGCGCCGAGUGGACGUGUUCGCGCGCUAUUCAAAAAAAUAGGUUUUGAAAACGUUUUCAAAUUGUUCCUCUAUGUUAUCGUUAUAGCUGUCCCAAUGCUCACAGAAGGAUUAAUCACAUAUAAAAACAAUAUAAUGAACGGGAGUAAAUGAUGACGGUUUUGUUUUAAAUGAAGAUCGAGGUAUCUGGUUCUUUUGCAGAGAAGUUUUUGAAUGUCUUGAACGUUUUGGAAGGAGGCAGAAGGUUCCUUUACCUUCAUCCCCAGGCAGGCCUCGCCGUUAUUUAAAGACAUGGUCUAGUUUCCAUUGGCGAUAUUUAAUUGAUUUUAAUUACAGAUGUUGUUUGUUGAUUAUUAUCCACCUUGAUGUGAUUUCUGGGUAAAAGUAUUUCACUGACCUUUCAGGUCGCCUCAUUGUGAUCACCUCUCUGUCUCAUAUGGGUCUCCAUUUCUUCAUUCGCUUUUCAAACACAGAGUAUUAAAAGUUAAACCGAAAAACCCAGAAUAAAACGUCUCAAUCGCC